GUGUCGUUGUCUUGUUUAGAUUCCAUUCUUCUGCUCUUCUUCUUCUUCAUAUACUUCGCUUCGGAGAGGGAUUGAGAGAGCGAGAGUUCGAGAGGUUGUGCUUCUCUCUUGCUUUCACUCUCUCAUCUCUCUCCCUCCUGCUUUCCCCCUUCGAAUUCUUCCUGAUAAACGAGAAAUUUCUGUGUUUUGGAGGUCUUGGACGGUUUUGAGAGCUGUAUAUUGAUCUUGGUUUCAGUUUUCUGGUUUGGAAUCGGAUGGGAUUCGAGGAGGUGAGGAGUAGUAGGGUGGAGGGAUGGGCUGGGAUCCGGAGCUUGAUUAGAAGGAAGCAGGUUGAUUCCGAUCGGCCUAGGGCUGCUGGUGGUGGCCACCAUCAGCUCGCCAAGCAUUUGUCUGUGCCUCAGCUUGUUGCCAUUGGUGUGGGAUCUACAAUUGGUGCUGGGGUCUAUGUUCUCAUUGGGACUGUUGCUCGUGAGCAUGCUGGACCAGCUUUGACCAUCUCGUUCUUAAUAGCGGGGAUAGCAGCUGCUCUUUCAGCGUUUUGCUAUGCUGAGCUUGCAAGUCGUUGCCCUUCUGCUGGAAGUGCUUAUCAUUAUUCAUACAUUUGUGUUGGAGAAGGUGUUGCUUGGUUAAUUGGGUGGGCUCUGAUUCUAGAGUAUACAAUUGGUGGAUCGGCUGUUGCACGGGGCAUAACUCCAAACUUGGCUUUAUUUUUUGGAGGUCCAGAUGGUUUGCCAGCUUUUCUAGCACGUGUUCAUAUUCCUGGGCUUGAUGUUAUUGGUGAUCCAUGUGCUGCUGUUCUUUGUUUAAUCGUCACUGCUUUGCUCUGUUUGGGAAUCAAGGAGAGUUCGUUUGUACAAGGCAUUGUCACCACUGCAAAUGCAUUUGUAAUGGUGUUUGUCAUCAUAGCUGGUGGGUACAUUGGCUUUCAGACUGGAUGGGUUGGAUAUGCAGUUUCUAGCGGUUACUUUCCAUAUGGGGUAAAUGGGGUGCUUGCUGGAUCGGCAACUGUCUUCUUUGCCUACAUUGGCUUUGAUUCGGUUGCUAGCACUGCUGAAGAGGUUAAGAAUCCUCAAAGAGAUUUGCCAAUGGGUAUAGGGAUGGCAUUGUCCAUUUGUUGCUUGUUGUACAUGAUGGUCUCUGCUGUCGUUGUUGGCUUAGUGCCAUAUUUUGCAAUGGAUCCAGACACCCCGAUUUCAACUGCAUUUUCCAGAAAUGGAAUGCAGUGGGCAGUGUAUAUUGUCACAUCUGGAGCAGUGCUUGCCCUUUGCUCGACCUUGCUGGGCUCACUGCUUCCACAGCCUAGAAUACUGAUGGCUAUGGCUAGAGAUGGAUUAUUGCCAUCUUUCUUCUCAGAUGUGAACAGACGCACCCAAGUUCCUGUCAAGAGCACCAUUUUGACUGGAAUUAUGGCAGCAGCCCUGGCUUUCUUUAUGGAUGUUUCACAAUUGGCAGGAAUGGUCAGUGUGGGUACACUCCUUGCUUUCACCAUUGUUGCAAUAUCUAUUUUGAUACUCAGAUAUGUACCCCCAGAUGAGGUGCCAUUGCCAUCAUCACUGCAAGAAUCGAUUGACUCAGUGUCAUUUUACUAUAAUUCUCAAGAGGAAGAUGGCAAAUGUUCAAAAGAUGACAAAUCUCUUGUAGAUGAUGUUGAAGCUUCUUCUAUGAGCCCUCUUGUUAUAAAGGAAUUAAACCACGAAAAAUUAAAUGAGCAAACUAGGCGAAAAAGAGCUGCUUGGAGUAUCGCUUCUGUCUGCAUAGGGGUUCUCAUCCUCACUACUUCAGCUUCAUCUGCAUUCUUGCCCACCUAUCCUAGGUACUUUGCAUGUUUUAUUGGUGGAUUGUUCCUCUUGAGUGGCCUGGUUGUGCUCUCCUUGAUCGAUCAAGACGAUGCCCGUCACAAUUUCGGGCAUACUGGAGGAUUCAUCUGCCCAUUUGUUCCACUCCUCCCCAUUUGUUGCAUCCUCAUAAAUUCAUAUUUACUGGUAAAUCUUGGUUCCGGUACAUGGGCUCGUGUUUCAAUAUGGCUUCUGAUCGGAGUCUUUGUAUACUUAUUCUACGGGCGGAGGCAUAGCUCACUAAGAGAUGUGAUUUAUGUUUCCACGGCACACGCAGAUGCGGUAUACAAGACUUCAGCUUAUGUCGCAUAGCAAGAUAAAAGAAUUUGCAAAAUGCUUCAAUCUGUUCUUAAGGAAUGCCUGUCUCAGAGAUUUCAUUGUUUGUGAAAUCACCAUUUGCCAGUGAGACAAAUGCUUUGUAUAUAAAAAUCACUGGCGUCAUUUGCUGCUGCAUCUAAUGUUGGAAAGAUGUGAUUUCAUACAUACAUACAUAUAUAUAUAUCUAGCUUGAGGAAGUUAUUAACAUAGAAAGCUAGCUGAAAACAUCAUGUUUUUAGCUGAAGAACCUUUAGUUCAACAAUUCAGUAUUGUACUAUGUAUUGUCACUUUGCAAUUUAAGAUAUUGAAUCACUCAAUCAGGGAUAUUGCAGUAGCAUCAAGCUUGAA